UGGCUCUCGCCCAAUGCUAGAGCCAUAUGCAAAUGAGCUGUCCUCAAAUGGAAGAGCUCAGUCGUCAGUGUUUGUUUUGUGCGUGGUGAGUUAGGCUACGGAGUGGAUGCUAUGUGACUGAUAAACUGAAAACCGUUUUAUUGACAUGGAUGUAAUUCGCGAGGAUAUUUUCGACUGCGUCUUGUGGUAUGACAUGAUAUGUGGAUACGACGCACGCAAGUUUCAUUUACUGCACAAUUGACUUGGUAGGCUAUUGAGGCCGCCUGGAGGCAGUGACCAAGACUUUCAUUGGCAAUAUAAGAGGCGUCAGGGAUCAUCUGGCAUUAUGAGUUCACACAACGAAGGAGAUUCUUACACCAUGGCACCCGAGAUGCCAGCCAUGUUUGAUGGCAUGAAGUUGGCAGCUGUGGCAACAGUGUUGUAUGUCAUUGUGCGGUACUUGAAUCUGAAAAGUCCCACCGCACCACCUGAUAUCACCUUCCAAGACACACCUCUCAACCUCUACAUCCUAAAGUCCUGCCCCAUCCUUACCAAAGACUAUAUUCCACCAUUACUAUGGGGUAAAAGUGGACAUUUCCAAACGGCUCUUUAUGGAAAGAUGGGACGCGUUGGCUCCCCACAUCCGAAUGGGCUUCGGAAAUACCUUCCCAUGCAAGAUGGAGCGACAGCCACCUUUGAUCUCUUUGAGCCUUUAUCUGACCAUAUUACAGGGGACGACAUUACCAUGGUGAUAUGCCCAGGGAUUGGCAACCACAGCGAGAAGCACUACAUCCGCACCUUUGUCGGUUACUCCCAGAGCCAAGGAUACAGAUGUGCCGUCCUGAAUCACCUGGGAGCGCUGCCAAACAUUGAGCUUACCUCACCCCGCAUGUUUACAUAUGGCUGCACAUGGGAGUUUGCUGCAAUGCUGGGCUACAUGAAGAAGGCUUUCCCCCAGACGCAGUUCAUUGUGGUCGGCUUCAGCCUGGGAGGGAACAUUGUCUGCAAGUUUCUUGGAGAGAACCGGACCAAUCAGGAGAGGGUGCUGUGCUGUGUCAGUGUCUGCCAGGGCUAUAGUGCCCUAAGGGCCCAGGAUACCUUCCUACAGUGGGACCAGUGCAGGAGGCUCUACAACUUCCUCAUGGCAGACAACAUGAAAAAGAUCAUCUUAUCACACAGGGGAAGCCUCUUUGGAAUGAAUUCAAGCAAAAUGAAGGAUGCAGACCUGAGCCACCUCUAUACAGCCACCUCCCUCAUGCAGAUAGACGACAACAUCAUGAGGAAGUUCCAUGGACACGACUCCUUAAAAGACUACUAUGAGAAGGAGAGCUGUGUGCACUAUAUCCAUAAUGUCAAUGUCCCACUCCUCCUGGUCAACUCAUCAGACGAUCCGCUUGUCCAUCAGUCUCUAUUAACGAUACCACGUGCACUUGCAGAAAAGAAGUCCAACGUGAUCUUUGCCCUGACGCUCCACGGGGGUCACCUGGGCUUCUUCGAGGGGGCGGCCCUCUUCCCCCAGCCCCUCACCUGGAUGGACAAGGUGAUCAUGAGCUACGCCAACGCCAUCUGCCAGUGGGAGAGGAAACGGCCUGCCUGCCAGGCGAGCUGCCCAGCGGCCACGCACCAGGACACAGAGGGCAAAGGCGAGGCCUAGCUCCCAAACCCCUCCUGCACCACACACACACUUCUGUUGUCCUUUUACCGACAGCCCAUCCACCUUAAACAACACAGUGCUGCUCUCCGCUGAGUCACUACAAAGGAGGUCGUCCCCUCACACAGCAGUUUACUUUCAGCUUGGUCUCCAUGUCCACGGGGCCGGUGGGAUACCUGGAGGAAUGACAUUGCUUGGCCUGUGCCAGUGUGGUCGCUACGCAGAGCACUCAUGAAUGGAGAGACCCACAAGCUGUUCAUGUUUUUAUCAACCAAGGAUCCUGUAGACACCCAGAGAGGGGACAGACUUGCUACAAAGUGUUUGUCAUUUACAUUCUUACAUUAUUUGAAAAACUGCUUUUUUUCUCUUCAGCUGUUUUAUUUCCUAUCGAAUAGCCUUUGGUAAGAAUGCUUGUAGACACAUUUUUUUUUCAUUUUGGUUUUUGUUUCAAUGUGAGACCUUUUGUGUCCUGUCUUACAAGAAAACUAUGUUACACUUCACAGUAGUAACAUAAGUCACUAAACCUUGAUUUAAAUGGUUCGUCCACUAUUGAAUUUUAAAGAACAUCACCAUACUUCAGCUACACCUGCCUUUAGUACUCCAAACAACUGAAACUUUAGUCCAAACUGUAUGGCGUUAGUAGAGAUGCCUGUCUUUUACACUCGUGCGUGACUUGUCCUCCUGUGAACCCUAAAGUUGCCUUAUCGCCUCCUGUCCUGUGCACCAGGCCUCAACCGGCUGUCCUGCUGUCCUGUGCACCAGGCCUCAACUGGCUGUUCUGUGAGACAGAGGCUCCACCUGGUGGUUCACUGCAGUCAGACCAAAUGCUCUUAGUCUUGGCUCUAGAAUUUAAUCCCAGUUCACUAAGUUGAUUGCACUAAUGGACAGUGAGGAGCAUGUACCUUAUGAUUCUACUUUGACAUUUUUAAAGUGAAUGUUACACUUACUAAUGUAGGAAGAGUAACCCAAAAUGGGUGGGUUUUUUUCUUGCCAUUGUGCAGGACAUAGCUGUGUCCCUCUCUACCAUUCAGAUUUGAGCAUGGGUAUUUGAGCAUGGGUAUUUGUCCACUGAGUUCAUGCAGGUGCGAUGCACAUCAGUAAAAUGAUGUGGCAGAUUUUAUUCUCCAGAGUAGUUUCUAGUACUGUAUGUGAGAGUGGGCACUUCAUCUGUGCAUAUGCUCAGACAAAAAAAAACAUAUUUUAGGGAGUCAGUUUUAGAUUGAUAUUUCAAUAUUUUCAUUUGAUUGUUGAUUUCACUGAUUCACUUUAGGUUCCUGCGUGUUGGGAUUUCCUGGUGUGUAUGUAAGUGCUCUUAAUGGGAGCCAGUGUCAUUUUAUUUGUAAAGGGAGAAGCCUAGUGAGCAACAUUGGAAAACCGAGGGAAGUCUAUGAGGAACAACCAGCACACAAGUGCAUUGGUGUCAUGACCUUCAGCUGGCUUUUGUGUUGAAACUCAAUACCCAACAGGGAGCAUAUUAUGGUCUUCAGUAGAACAUGGACCAUUACCUGUCUUUUGGCUGUUUGGGGAUAAAUAUAUUGGAAGGACCUUGGUUUAUCUGACUUCGGUUUGUGUCUUAUGU